UUGUUUACAUCGAAACCUAGCCAACCAUUAAAAAUAGUCGAAAAGAAACACACGCGAUAUAGAAUACACGAGUUUUUAUGUAUUUCCCGUUACUGUAUCAGCUCGCCAAAACUAUGUUCGUAGCUAUUUUAUGUGUUCUCGUUGUUACUUUAAUCCUUUAUUUAUAUCGGUAUUUUAAAAAAUCACAUCGGUACUUCGAAAAAUAUGGAAUACCGUGUACGAAAUCCCAUUGGUAUUACGGUCACAUGGAAGAUGCCAUAAGAUGCAAGAAAUCAUACGUGAUGACCUUGAAAGAAUUAUACGAAAAAUCCGAACCUCACAGAUUCGUCGGACUGUACACGAUGCAAAGACCAGCUGUCAUGAUACGAGAUCCUGAACUUUUGAAGAGCAUUUUGAUCAAAGAUUUCGAUCAUUUUCACGACCAUGGGGUUUACUACAGCAAAGAAGCGGAACCGAUGUCUCAUAAUUUAUUCAAUAUGGCAGGAGACGAAUGGAAAAACCUCAGAAUCAAAUUAACCUGCACUUUCACCAGUGGUAAAAUGAAGAUGAUGUUCCCCUUGGUGAGAAAAUGUGCCGAAGACAUGAAACCAGUUCUGAACGAGUAUUCCUCGACUCCAGAAGGCUUCGACGUCAAAGAUUUCUGCGCCAGGUACACCACAGAUGUCAUAGGCAGUUGUGCUUUCGGAGUGGACACAAAUUCAUUACAAAAUCCCGAUUCAGAAUUCCGGAUAAUGGGCAGACGAAUCUUCGAGACGAGAUGGCAAGGCUUUGUUCGAGCAUUUUUCACCAACAUACCAGCCUGGGCGAUAAAAUUCUUCGGCUUGGAAUCCAUCGACAAAAAAGUCACCGAUUAUUUCACCAAAAUCAUCAAAGAUAUGGUAAAGUUUCGAGAAAAAAAUAACAUCAGCAGGGGAGACUUUCUCGAUAUUCUUAUCGGUAUGAAAAAUCGCAGCAAACACACGGAGAAGAUCAAUAAGGAUCAGCAUGAAGAUGUAGAUUUUGCCAAAUUCAUGGAUCAAAUCGGCGACAAAUUCGUCAAGAAUGAUGUAGAAAUGACUUUAGAAUUGAUGGCAGCCCAAUGUUUACUAUUUUUCAUCGGAGGAUUCGAAGGCACUUCAGCAACACUCACAUUCCUUCUAUUCGAACUAUCUCAACAUCCCGACAUCCAAGAUAAACUUCGAGAAGAAAUUAAAACCAUCAUUGAGAAAAACGAUGGCCAAAUAACCUACGAAAUACUCAACAAAAUGCCUUACUUGGAUAUGGUCAUAGCAGAAAUCCUGAGAAAGUACGCCUUAGGAGCCAUGAUUCGCAAAUGCACGGAAUCCUUUAAAAUUCCCGAAUCGAACGCUGUAAUUGAAAAAGACAUCGUUCUAUUCAUAUCAACUCUAGGAAUCCAUCACGAUAAAAAGUAUUACGAAAAACCAGAUGAAUUUUACCCCGAACAUUUCACCAAAGAGGCUAUCAACAAGAGACCUAAUUUUGCUUAUUUACCAUUCGGAGAUGGUCCUAGGAUUUGUAUAGGGGAACGUUUUGCGAAGAUGCAAGUGAAACUAGGAGCAGUUCACCUAUUGAAGGAUUUUUCUUUCGAGUUAUCACCAAAAACUAUAGUUCCUUUGGAAUUUUUGCCAAGUUUUAGUUUUGCGACGAACAUCAAAGGAGGAAUUUGGUUAAAAUGCCGGCCUUUAUGACAGCGACAAACAAACUUUUCAAGUAUACUUACACUGAAAGUUAGACUCGAAUGUUAAAUGUUUGAUAAAAAACAAAGACAUUUUUGAAAAUUCAAGCCACACUCCUCUGUAAAAUGUACAAAAUAAAAACUCACCCAAAAAACUCGAACUUUUUUUUU